GGGUUUGGUAUCAUAAGCCACUACUUUCGUUUCUCUUGUUUUGCCCCAUGGCAACUCAAGGAGACAUUCCGGUACAUCUUACUGAUGAUGACAAAGCUUAUAGUAUACAUCAGUAUCUCGAUGCCAAUCUGAACCAAAUCUGAACUCUGGAAUUCUCUAUGCCCUAUUGCACGGUGGGCAACGACGUUCAGUACUUUGCAUGCAGGCGUUGACUAAUGACACGCAUAUACACCGGCAUUUUUGCUGUUAUGUUGUGGAAUAUAUUCAUCAACAAAUGUUGGCCGAUCCGAGCCAUGGUCGCUGUUGUCAUUCUCCUCUACGCUCUGGUUACUAUCGAUGUUGCUGCUGCAUUCAUCGACUAUGGGCAAAGUUUUUUUCCCAUAUUUUUGAAGCUUAACGGUAACACGGAAGCAACCUUUUUGGUGAUAAGCAUUGCAGCGUCCAUGAGUACCGUCCUCGCAGACUUGUAUAUGAUUUGGUAUUGCUGGAGGAUUUGGGGACGGCGCUGGCUCGUUGUUGUGCUUCCCGUACUUUCCCUAAUUUCCGCAACAGUAUCAAAAACCAUUGAAGUAUAUUACCAGUACUUCGACCUGAAUGGAUCCACUCAAAAAUUCCAAAUACUCUAUAUGUCUUUCAUCCUCGCAACGACGUUAUGGUGUACCUCGUUCAUCAUCUAUCACAUUUUGACGGUUACUGGAGUGAGGCAUGAAGCAGAGGGUCGAUCGAGAGUCUAUCACCAUUUCAUUGAAGUGCUGGUGGAAUCUUCAGCUCUAUAUUCAAUAUCUCUGAUCCUGACUCUAACAUUCAUUAUUCAAAACAAUCUGGGAGUGUAUUAUGUGGAUGUUACAGCUGCCAUUGUGAAGUAUUUUGUGAGCACGACGAGUCGAUAUCAUCAAGUGUAUAACAUCAAAGAGCAAAGCUUGCUUGCGAAACACGUUUCCACGAGUAAGAGGGAGAUCUGGGUCAUAGGGAAGGAGGUCCCAGUGUUCUGGGGACAGGCCUGUUCACUGUUGUCACGUCGGACAUGGUUCUGCACAACGGUGAAGAAUUGUGAAACUGCGAUGAAGGAUAACGGAGAGACGUCAUUUUUGUCCGUCGGGGCCUACAGGAUGUCCAAUCCUCCCAUCCUGUGUUCCUGGCAUCUCCAAGGAGACGAGCACGAAGUCACUCACUGGCGGAGCAUUCGUUAGCCAUGGGCGAGAUGGGUAUUCAAGGUGAAAAAAUGGUGGCUAGGGGAAGGGGCUCAUGUCAGCGCACCAUUGUUGAUCUUGCUAUGAGACCUGUACAUGCUACAAAUUAUUGGAGUGCGAAAUAAAUGGCAGAAGCAUUGAAUGUGCCUUCAAUUUAGGCUCGACUGCUGUACUGAGUAGAAAAAGAAGAUAAGCCCUUUACCCCCAUCGUGAUGGUGGUAG